UUAAUUGUAACUUAUGUUUACGAAUUUAAAACUUAAAGUCUUCGUUUUUGCUAGGUUUUUAUUAGUAUAUAUUAUUUAUUUUUCUUUACAAUGAAUCAAGAAGGUAAAAAUAGUAAUCCACAAUCAUCAAAAACAGAUAAUUACGAUGGUUGGGGUUUUGAUUUAUUCCCUGAGAGGAGAGGUAAUUUUAAGCCGACUGUUAAAAAUAUUUUAUUUGAAGGACGAGGAAAUGAAAAUUUUGAAAAAAUUAAAUGUGAAGGAAAAGUUAAAUAUUGCAUAAAUAAUAGUCCUUUAGUCAAAGUAAUGUUUGGUGCUUUAAAGAAAGCAGGCUGUGAAGUAAACCCAUCAAGGCAUAUAGCAUGUGAACUUUGUGAUACGACUGUUCAUGGUGGCUAUGAUCCAAUAAUGAAUCAAGUGGUUAUAUGCCAAAACACAGCAACAUCUAAAGGAACAAUUCAAGGUGUACUUACUCAUGAACUUAUACACAUGUUUGAUAGUUGUACACGCAAAUUAGACUUUCGAAAUAUUGAGCAUUUAGCAUGUACUGAAAUAAGAGCUGCAAAUUUAACACAUUGUGGAAUUUUUUCAUCAAUGUUAGAGGGUCAUUCAUCUGUUUUUAACUUUAAGAAAAAACAUCAAGACUGUGUUAAACACAAAGCUACAGUAUCUGUUUUAGCUGUUAGAGAUGUAACAUUAGAAGAAGCAAAAGCAGCUGUUGAAAAAGUUUUUGACAAGUGUUAUGCAGAUUUAGAACCCAUUGGGCGUAGAGUUAAAGGAAGAAGAAUUGAUUAUGAUUUAGCUUACGCAGAAGCUUUUAUGAUGGGUUACGAUUAAUUAUAUUAUAAUGAAAACUGUUUGAAUUAGAAAUAUUAAAUAAAUUUUAGAAUAGUUUA